UCAACAUAAUCACCACAAACUCACAUUCGACGCUACUGCAAGCUCAGAGAGAGAGAGAGAGAGAGAGAGAGAGAGAGAGAGAUGGAAGUUGUAAAAGUGCUGCACAUGAAUGGAGGAAAGGGAGACACAAGUUACGCAAAUAACUCCCUAGUUCAGCAAAAGGUCAUAUCCAUGACCAAGCCCAUUACAGAGGAUGCCAUUACCCAACUCUACUGCAGCACGUUGCCAAAGAGCCUAGUGAUCGCAGACUUGGGUUGUUCUUCCGGACCAAAUACUUUGUUCGUGGUUUCUGAUCUUAUCAAGGUAGUGAACCAACUUCGCCAAAAACUAAGGCAUCAAUCACCCGAAUAUCAAGUGUUCUUGAACGACCUACCGGGAAAUGACUUCAAUACAAUUUUCAAGUCGUUGCCAAGCUUCCAGAAAAAAAUGAGCAGUCAAUUGGGAGCUGGUGCUGGUCCAUGCUUCUUUGCAGGUGUUCCUGGUUCUUUCUACGGCAGGCUUUUCCAGAGCAAAACUCUGCAUUUUGUCCAUUCUUCUUAUAGCCUCCAAUGGUUAUCUAAGGUUCCCGAGCAGCUGGAGAGCAACAAAGGGAACAUUUACAUGGCACGGACAAGCCCCCCAAGCGUACUAAGGGCUUACCAUGCACAGUUUCAACAAGAUUUCUCAAUGUUUUUGAAGUGUCGUGCAGAGGAGUUGGUGUUAAGCGGGCGAAUGGUUUUGACACUUUUGGGAAGAAGAAGCGAAGAUCCGUCUAGCAAAGAGUGUUGUUACAUAUGGGAACUUUUGGCUCUUGUACUCAAUGAAAUGGUCUCCGAGGGAUUUAUAGAUGAAGAAAAAAUGGAUUCUUUCAACAUUCCUCAGUAUACACCAUCUCCGUCAGAAGUGAAAUCUGAAGUUCUGAAAGAAGGAUCCUUCUCCAUUGCUUGCCUAGAGGUAUCUGAAGUGAAUUGGAACAUUUAUAGCAAUGAUGGUGGUUAUAAUGUUGCACAGUGCAUGAGAGCCGUGGCUGAACCCUUACUUGUUAGUCACUUUGGAGAAGCAAUCAUUGAGGAGGUUUUCAGUAGGUAUAGGGAAAUUCUUUCUGAUCGGAUUUCAAAAGAGAACACUCGUUUUGUCAACGUGAUUGUUUCCUUGAUAAAAAAGGAAUGAUGAUGAUCUUGAUCAAGAUAUAUGUCAAUGGCUUUCUAUGUAGUAGUUACUAUAUCAUAGAUUGAAAUAAGGGCUCUUCAGCCUUGCACCGUUUCACGGCAUGAAUGAAUCAUGCACUUAGCUAUAGUUUGUAAUGGUUAUCUUCGAAUAAUUUGGUAGUUCAAAGCUAGCUAGCUACUGUAUGUUUCGUUUCGAAUUUCCAUCCAGAUCAGGGUUCAAAAAUGUAUUAUCUGCUGGUGCUUAAUUUGUUAUUUAUAUAUAUACUUAAUUAAAUUAUAA